CGCUCGUCGCCUCCGUUUCUCUUCUACGUGCUUAAUGGUGGGUAGGCUACACUUGCAGUCCAUGUAAAAACGAAGUGAAGGUGCGCGCGUACACCCUCAAACAUGUCAGAAAGGCACCGUGAGUUGCCUUCGUGGAUGGCAAAGAAAAGUGUUAAAGUAAAAGAAAGGGCGCAACUGAAGAGCCAGAGAAAAGGGAAAGCUGCGAGGGCUGUUUUCUACUGCAUGAACGAAGCGGAGCUGGUAGAAACAGCUGUUUCUUAUCUUACCAACGGUGUCUGUGAGCAUGUGGCGCUCCCAGUUCACCAGCAGGUUGGACAAAAAGCAACGAACAUCGCACAGAAGAAGGAGAAGCCCGUCAGUUCAAAGCUGACAGCAAAGCCAAUGACAAAGAUUUUGGAGGAAGAGCCCUCAGACUGUGAUGAUCUGGAGACAACAUAUGUUUCAGAAACAGACUUGGGCAUUACAGAGGUGGAAACGCUGCCAUACACCAAAAGCCCACAGCAUCUUCAAUCUAAGGGGGAGAAAACAGAAGCAGCUCAGGAUGAUGGUGGACACAUGAAUGUGAAAGCUGAAAUAAACAAGGAGACGUUACAGAUGCCAGCAGAUGAAAAUGAUGCCCUACAACUUGUACGGGAAAUUUUUUUCACUUGAUGAUAAACUGAUAGAACAAUGCUGAAAGAAAAAUGCUUAUUUUUUACAAGUGUUUGCAGUUAAUUAAACCCUUUCUAAAAAAUUAUCCAACUCAAAAAAACUAAAAACUACUGAAAAAGCAGUUCUGAAUGAGCAGUUCCUCCAUUUAGCAAGUGUUUGAGGAAGCAACCAUUUUCUUCAGCUUACAGGAUGAGUUUAUGAAUGUUCCAAGUUCAUGUAGAUACUACAUCAUCGUUGGCUCAAACUUUGUGAUUGAUUUUGCAAGUUAUGGAAAUCCCCUUGCACAACACAGAUCAUGUGGUUACUGAAAGCUUUACUGAGAAAAAAAAUAACAAAACAGGGCUGCUGUGGUUGAAACCUUGAAUCUGGGUGUAAAACUGUGCAGCUGUGGUGAUGUUACAGUUCAUCACAACCACCAAUUUAGUGUUUAAAAUUUUUCCACCAGAUGAUCUAAAUGUGUUUCUAUUAAUUAAAAACUUUUGCAGCUGGAUAUGAAGAGGGGAAAAAAUUCUUUACAGGUGUGAAGUGAAAUCUUUAAUAUGGUACAACCUGAUCAAAGGUUUUGAGUAAAUGUCCAUUCAAAGUUCCCAGUCAUUUCUUCCAUCUAAAUAAAGUUACAGUUCCGACAA